AUGGAUCCCCCUCGUACCCCCAUUGACGCAAUGAAGCAAGAAAUAUCUGAACAAGAACCACAACAGUCUCAAACGACCUCGUCCUCGUCCUCGAUCUCCUCACACAAAGGAAACAAUGAAGCCUCCGAACCCCCCGAGUUCACGAUCUCAACCCGCUUCGUCAUGGCAUUUGUGGCACUCGCAGUCCUCACACUCAUGGUAGCCUUGGAUGGCACAUCGAUCAGCGUGGCUUUGCCCAUCAUCGCACGCAAAUUGCACGGCACCGCCAUCGAGGCUUUCUGGGCAGGCACUUCUUUCCUGUUAGCAUCGACGGUGUUCCAGCCCAAUUUUGCUUCAUUCAGCCACAUAUUCGGCCGCAUGCCGGUGAUUAUGGUAUCGAUCGCCUUCUUCUUCGUUGGAGUCAUGAUGGCUGCCUUGUCAAACAACUUUGGCGUCCUGCUUGCUGGUCGUUCAAUUCAAGGUAUCGGCGGUGGUGGGAUCAUUGUCAUGACCGAAAUCGUGAUCACGGACCUCGUGCCCCUCCGCUGGCGAGGUCAAUGGGCCGGCAUCAUCGCCGGAAUGUGGAGUAUUGGUAGCGUGUCAGGCCCGAUCAUCGGCGGUGCGUUUGCCCAGGUCCAAUGGCGCUGGAUCUUCUGGAUCAAUCUUCCCUUCAUCGGGGUCGGAGUCAUCAUGGUGCCAUUAUUCCUGCGCCUGAACAUCAUACCACAGAGCAUCGCCGCCAAACUGCGUCGUGUCGACUGGAUCGGCACCGUCCUGUUUGUCGGCAGCAUGACGAGCUUCCUCAUCCCUCUGACCUGGGGCGGAGUCAUGUAUUCGUGGUCGUCAUGGCGCACAUUGGUUCCCCUUCUUAUCGGCGCCGCGGGCCUCGUGGGCUUCUGCUUCUUUGAGAGGUACAUCGCUCCCGAACCCCUGCUGCGACUCUCCAUUUUCUCCAACCGCACGGCGAACAUCGCCUACGUGACCACCACCCUGCACGGCAUGAUCCUGUGGUGUCUCUUGUACUAUCAGCCUCUGUACUUCGAAGCCGUCAAAGGAUACUCACCGGUCGUCUCUGGCGUGGCUUUGUUCCCCGCCACUUUCACGGUGGCGCCCAUGGCCGUCGUCACGGGCCUCCUCAUCACCAAGUUCGCCGCAUACCGCUGGGCCAUCUGGUCGGGCUGGGCCAUUACCACCCUGGGCCUCGGCCUUCUCGUCCUGCUCGAUGUCGAUACCAAGAUCCCGCAAUGGAUCUUCCUCGACUUGGUCUCGGGAAUUGGCCUGGGAAUCUUGUUCCCAUCGCUGCAAUUCCAGCUCCAAGCCGCCAGCAGUAAUGCAGACAUGGCGUUCGCCGUGGCCAUGUUCGUCUUUUUCCGAUCGUUCGGACAGUCGCUCGGUGUCGCGGUCGGUGGCGUCAUCUUCCAGAACGAGAUGGCCAGCAAUCUCGAAGCAUACUCUGCGUACGCGGCUCAGGCAUCCGAGCUGGCCAAGGACGCCGCGGCCCUCGUCGAGAUCAUCAAGCAUACUCCCUCGGGCCAAGGAAAGCUGGAGCUCCGCACCGCAUACACGGACAGUCUGCGCACGGUCUACAUCGUCAUGAUUGCACUGGCCGGCCUGUGUUUUGCGGCCAGUCUAUUCAUCAAAGGAUAUGAUUUGAAUGUCGGCCUUGAGACGGAGCAAGGUUUAAUCCAGAGUAAAAAGGACCGCACAGUCAAGGUCGAGGAGGGAGGCGGGGAAAAUGUCGAAGCUUGA